GCCGGUUUAUCCCUCAUAAAUAAUUUGGAAAGUAUAACAAGGAAGUCUGUUACCUCUCUAGAAGAGUUGAAGCUCGAACCAUUAUGUCAGGGAGAAAGUUUCAGCUAAGCAUUGUCCGGGAUGCCUUCAAAAUGACACUCCAAGAAGACGACGGCAAGCUAGUGAUGGACGAAUACCUUCGAGGGUAUGACGAACUUUGUAUAUUUUUUGAUAUGCUGGGAACUGUAUUCGGGUUUAUAACGUCAGAUGUCCGAGAGAAAAUUGGAAUUCUUCAAGAGUAUCGUAGAUCAGAAAGAGGAGAUAAAUAUGUGUAUGUUCAGAGCAUGUUUGAAUAUGAAAUUGCCAAUGAUGUGAUAAAGAAGACAACACACCCACUAUCCGGUUCUAGAACGUUACUGAGAUUACAUCGAGCAUUAGCUUUCACCAUGUUGUUCAUGAAGAAACUCAGCGAGGCAUCAGACAACGACGCCUCUUCCACCUUGGCCUCAAAUGCUUACAAAGAAUCACUGGCGAACUUUCAUCCGUGGCUGAUUCAAAAGGCUGCUUCAUGGGCUAUGUACACUCUACCGAGUGUUGGAGAUUUAAGUAAGAAAAUCGCAGCGCCUAAUUGGGACGGAGAAGAAACGAAGCAAAUGUUAAAAGAGGUAACUGCGUUGAUAAAGACUGUGUAUGAUAUCACGGAGGAACUGUACACCAAACAUGAUCUUCAUGGCCUUCCUUAGAACGGUCUCUUUUGUAAAAGCUAAGUUCUUUA